AGCUGUUUCAUCUAUUGUGGUGGUCCCCGAUGAUAGAAGAAACAGGAACAUGAACAUACAACAUCGCCUCCUCCUCGUCCCUAUAGCUAAGAAAGAAAUCUUGCACAUUCUUGACCCGCAUCAUCAGUUUACAAAUAGACGAAGGACGUUGUACUAGUUGGAAAUCGUCUCGUGUUAAGAGUCGCCACCUAGCGUAACAAGUAAAAACAAUAGUGCUUCAGCAGCUUCGACAUUCUUGAUAGCGUCAGCUUGUUGGUGGUGUCUAUUACUAGCAAAAUUUUCGCGGUUUUCGAAAAAAAAAAAUGAACCAGCGGGCGACCUCCAGUCGUGGCCGGCGGACGAGAAGUGCUUGCAAACUGAUCGGGGGACGAAUGUCCAACCUAAUUCCGGGAGUAUUAUGCUACACAGGAAGGUCGUCGUCGUCGUCAUGGUGGAUCAUCAUCGGCGUUGAUAUAAUUUUGAACACCUGGAGUAUCCCACGAAAAAACUGUUUCACUGUGAUGAUUUUCAUUGUGCAAGCUAGUUUUAUUGCAUCACAAGUUUGCUCCACAUCACAAAUGAGAAGUUGUUUGCCAUGUGAGCAGCCACCCAAGGAAAAUAAACACGCCAAAAAGUAUGCAUUGUCCUGCAUGUGUACGAGAAGCAAGUCCACAAACACGUACUUAUCGUAUGCGAUUUACAAGUUCACAGUGAUGAAAUAACAGGUUUUUCUUUCGAUAUGUUGUACUUGUUCGGUCACCUCCGCGGUUCAGCUGGGAAAUGGAAAAUCUUCUUCCACGCGGAGGACCUUCUCGCCGGCAAGAAAUAAACAAGAGCGAGUGCUGGUAAAAAAGAAGAGAGCAUCAUCAACAACUUCCAGGACGAGUGAGGAAAGAACAAGAAGCGCAAAAACGGUCGAAAAAGUCCCAACUUCCUCUUUCGCAACCACGUCAAGGACUACAAAGCUCGUCCAGAACAAGAAAAUCCUAACCCAGAAGCAUAGUAUUCAAAAUCAUGCGGCUCAAGAACAUGAGCAAGAAGAAAAGUUCCUGCCGACGGGUUGGAAGGGGCCGACCCACAACGGAAUCCCGGUGGUCGAACUGCAAAUUAUGGGCACGAAGGACGAGGAAAACGACCAGGAGGUGAUCAGGCGGAAGGUGGUCGAGCUCUACACGCACUUCGUCCACGAUAAUGGUCGGUGUGCGCCGGCGGCCACGGGACCGCACCUGCAGGGAACCCCGGCCGAGGCCGGGGCAAUUGAGGAAGGCGAUGAGAGUGGUCGCGGGGAGGGGACCACAAAUGCAACUGAGAGCGCAGCUGGAGAAGUAGAGGCAACGUCUUCAGACGGGACCGGAGCCAGUGCAGCGGGUGGUCACACAGUAGAUGCAGGCGGUAGUAAUGAAACACAGCAAGCAGACGGUAGUACAAACGCAACGACAGGAGUUGUGGCAGAACCUUCGGGAACUGCAGGCGGUACGAACAAUGAAACAGUAACAGGAGACGGAGCCGGGGGGGCCAGCGCGAACCCGCUCCACCCAGAGCAAAAUGGCACCAACAACGUCACGACAGAGGAACAACAAGCCGGCGUUUCUUUUCUUGCCGCUGGACGGGAAGAUCCACCACCAGGUGGAUCAAAGAUAAAGCCAAAGGCGAAGCAGGCUCUUCUCGCUGCCCCUGCUUCCUCGCAGGCCGCGCAGACGGGGCAAGGGCUUCUCGCUGCCCCUGCUUCCUCGCAGGCGGGGCAAGACGGAGAGAGUAUCGAGCCACAAGGGGAGCCGCAACAUGUGUGCCUGCCGGCGGUCUGCGGGAGUAGAGACAUACAAGAACAUUUAGCAGAAGAAUCUACUUCUUCGACGCCAGAAGUGCCCCUCGUCACGCGCAUGGUGUUGUCGGAGAAGAUUUUGCUCCCGUCACCUCUGUAUCGGAAAGCCCAGUGCGAGGUAGAGCAGUACCACAACGACAACCAAGACCUACAAGAACCCUACCCGACCUGCUGCGAGUUUGUCUACGACUGUCUCGAAUCGGACAUUUACCUCGACCGGGUGGUCCUCGGGGUUCUUUUCGAAAAGGAAAAGGAGCAGACCGGGUUUUCCUACGCGCACGACCACAUCGACGAGGCCUUUCUGUUCAGAAACGAAACCGUGAAAAACGCCGAAACGGGGGAGACGGAAACGACGACCUACGCGCGCGUACGGGUGGUGAAAAACCCGAAUUUUGACAUCGCCGCGUACGGCGUUGACAAUACCACCAUGCUAUCCUGUGUAAAAACACCCCCACCCCAGAGUUCUUGUCAUGCAGAUCUGGAAGCACACAAGAGCGUUAGUCUUGCGCAUCCCCAUGAGAGGCAUUUCCCAUAGUGUUUCGGAACUUGUAAUGCUGUAAACAGGAUGAGGAGAUGAAUGUGCUAUGCGGCUUCGCUUGCUAAUCUGCACUACACUACAGCCUGCAAGAACUUGUUAUGCGUGGUUCCCAAAACUUCAACGUUUAUGUUGCAAAAUCCCCAAGAACUUGACUCUGGAGUGGGGACGUUUUUACAAAUGAUACAUGCUCGAUGUGGCGAACCAGCCGUGUUUGAUUGUGCCCCCGGACGUUUUAUCACAAGAAAAAAGUGUUACAGUUGAACAUUUUUUGGACCUUCAGCAACACAAAUUUUCUCUGUGUGGCACAGAAAACUUGCAAUGCAGAGAUCCUAAGGGAAUAAAACACGUACGAAAUGAAGUUCGCAACCAUUUCUUGCAUGGCAAAGGUUGUCUACUGUCUUGCGGCUCCUGCAACACAAUGUGUAUACUGUAACACUUUUUGUUGCGAUACGAUUCGAAGGAGUACCACUAUCAAUACCCGGAUGGAAGAACCGUUCCCGCGGGAAUCCGGAGUUACGACCAAAGUAUGGAGGAGAAGGGAAAAAGCUGCAACUUAUCCUGUGUGAAAACGUCCCCAGGCUCAGAAGGUUUCUCAUGCGGAGCCCGAUGACAGGCAUUUUCUAGCCGUGGUGUGGAAUUUGUAAUGCUCAAAUCAGCACAAUAGGCUAGGUCUGUGAUGCUGCUGAACAAGCUAAACAGGAUCACACUGCGAGGCGAAACUUGUCAUGCGCAACAACCAAAGCUGGCUGAUUUGUUUAGCAGAUUUCUCAUGUUAGCUAUGAGGCGGGGGCGCUUUUGCUCAGGAUACAACUGGUACUGCAUGAUGAUCCUCGGAACCCUGCUCGGGUUUUUGCUCAUCUUCCUCUUGUAUCAAAUGCAAAUAUGUCUGGGUCUGGAAGGUUGAACCUGUAUUGCAUGUUUCGCAUUCCUAAAAAAUCUGUAUUGCAUAGGCAGCACACAAAGCGCCACACUUUCGUCCUGCAAAAGCGCAGUUUGUAAUGCGUUCUGCGCAUGAGAGAGCGUUUGAAACAUUUGUCAUGCUGCAAUGCACUCAAAGGCACAGUCAAUCAUGAUCAUUCAGCAUUACAAGUUUCCAGACCCAGACAUGUUUGCAAUGCAUAUCUUGGUCGUCCUUUUCGUCGUGAUCCCGAUAAAAUGCUGUUGCGCCUGGUGCUGUAUGAACUGCAAAAGUAUCGUACUAGUAGUAAUCGCAUUACAAAUUUGCUCAGCAUGACGAAUGGAAUUUCUCAUGCUGAUUUACCUUGAAAAAGAGGUUUGUCGUGCAAAAAUGCGACUACAACUACGAGUGCGAUACUUUUGCACAGGAUAUGCUGUGAGGUGGAUCGGCAAGUCGUUCGGAGGAAGAGCGAGCAUUUGGUUAUGGGUGAUGACGGGAAGCCGGAUAAGAGCCUCGCGGGCCGCAGCAAAUCUGCCCUGCUGGUCAGUCGGGGCAUCGAUCCACGGGAGGAGGCCCUGGCGAAGGAGAUUGACGGUCUGAAAAAGGAGCUGCAAGACUUGCGGUCCGAGCAGCAAAAGUCGAUGACCUCGGCCAUGAUGAAUUCCCUGGCCUUCGGGAGCACGCACGAGGGCAGGAUAUGAAUUGCAAAACUAUCGUGUACUCGUAUUAAACUGCAUUACAAAUUUGAAUUUCAUCCUCAGAAUCAGGAAUAAAAUUUGUAAUGCGGAUUUACUUUAAGAUUGAAGAUUUGUCAUGCAGUAUUGCGAUUGCUACGAGUAUCGGAUACUUUUGCACAGGAUACAGGAAGAGCCGGAACGAGCGGGUCUCCGUGUUGAAAAAGCAGCUGGCCACGCUGACGGAAAAGCAAGAGAAGAUGGAGCGACAGCGCCUGGAGAGUUCGGUGAACAUCCUAGAGGACGGCGCAGCCUUUAUCCUGUGUAAAAACGUCUCCACCCCAUAGUCAAGAUGGGUAAUCUGCUAGACAAAUAAUCCACGAGGCUUGGUUGUUGCGCAUGACAAGUCUGGCCUCGUAGUGUCAUCUCGUUUAGGUAGUUCACCAGCAUCUUCACAAACCUAGCACAUCAUGCUGAUUGGAGCAUGACAAACUCCGAAACACAACUAGAAAAUGCUUCUCAUUGGGCUCCGCAUGAGAAACGUCUUCAGUAUGCAGAAUUGCAUUACAACUGUGGGGUGGGGACGUCGACGUUUUUACAAAUGAUAGCCUUCGGCGACGCCAUUAAGAACGCUAUGAAAUCCUCGGGAGGAAGAAGUAGCCGGAAAUCGCGCUCCAGCAAACGCACCUCGCAAAUGAAUAAAUCCGCACACCACAGCCACUCUUCCCACUCUGAAGUAUCAAAUGCAAAAAUGUCUGGGUCUGGAAGACUGCAAGUUUGUCAUGCUUUUCUGGCAUGACUCGAGAAUCUGUGUUGCAUAGGCACGAAAAGGCCCUCUUACCUGUCAUGCAAAAACGCAGUUUGCCAUGCGGAAUAAGUAAGACAUGGCAGCCAAAAAAUUUGUCAUGCAUAGCUGCGUAUUGCAGUGCGUCUAUCAUUCACUUUUAGCAUUACAAGUUUCCAGACCCAGACAUAUUUGCAAUGCAUAUCAGGCGGGGGCAAACAAUGCCUCGUCUGGUCGAUCCAGUCGCCAGGCGUCAAAAAAACGGACCUCGGAGAUGAACAAACGCAGUUCCGAGAUGUCGAAAAGCCCUUCGAAUAGGAAAUGCAAAAAUGUCUGGGUCUGGAAACUUGUGGUGCUAAAAUGUGCAUGAUGAAACAAAACACUUCCGAAUGCAAUCCGGCAUGACAACUUCCCAAAACGCUUUCUCGUAGGCAAUCCGAAUGACAAACUGCGGUUUUGCAUGACAAAAGAGGCUGCCGUCCCAGGAGCCUUUAUUUUGUUGUUGUCUCUCGGUAGUGAUCACUUUGUCCAAACUUAUUCUAUUUAGAGUUUGUCGAGUAAGUGGCUACCGUUUUAAGGUUUACAGAACGACAGGGACGCCCAGCCCUUAGCUUCCCAACAUGACAAAAGAGGCUGCGACUUUUGUUGGUUAUAGUGCAAUACAGAUUUUCUAGGUAUGGAAAGCUAGCAUUACAAGUUCCAAGCUUCCAGACCCAGACACUUUUACAUUCCAUAUCGAAAAGAGAGGAACAACGGGCUUCGCAGACCGCGGCCUCGCGCCACAGUGUUGCUGGUGGAGGUGCUGGGACGACGAGGGCGUCGCAGGUUGGCGGGACCACUUCUGCGGGAGCUACCAGGGCCUCGCAAGUGGCGCCAAUGUCAGAAGAACCGCCUCUGAUGGCCGCGCCAAGGAGCACGGACAACAGCCGGCCGACCCCUGAUUUGGGCGAAGGUUGAGGAGAGUGGAACAAAAAUGGACGCAUAAAAAUACCUGCGAGCAGGAUGCUCUUUCGACCCACUGUACUACCACAUUUUUGUUUAUUUCAAUAUGAUGCUCAACGUCAACUUUUUGUCUUUGUUUUGCUUUUCCUCCUGUAGCUGUAAUAUGCUUUGUAGUUGUUCUUGUUUUUUUUUUAAUUUCUGUACCUCGUAGACCCACCCCAGUUCUCAAGUGCGUAUGAUGAUGAUCUACUACUGCGACUCCCCGCCCCACACUGUGAUUGAGUUUCUGUUCCUUCUAGAAAGUAGUUGAAAUCCAUUUAUUCUAGUAUUUCCCCCCUGACAGAAGGUAAAGGUUCAACAUACGAAGCAAGGCAUUAAUAAAUCCACCCUAGAUCCUAUGCCACCUGAGCGUGCACCGGGAGAAU